CGGAUCUAAAUAUUUGCAUAGUCAUAGGGGGAUUUUCCUUCAUGCGCUUGGCAUGUGAUGUAUGUGGGUUGUGAUAAAGCAAAAACCAGACAUGAGAUGGGGAAAAUUUAUUUUUUCUUUUAACACAGACUAUUUAAGGUCUCAGCUGCUAUACAAUCCGAUAUGCAGUUGCCAAGUUUGUGAUGUGCAGUGAAUACUGAAAUGCCUGAGCUAAAACAGCUAGCAAAAAUCUGUAUGCGUCUGAUGUAGAUAUAUAAUUUGUGUAUACAGAAAUACCAGCUGGUUUGUUUGUUACAUAUUGUUUUGACACCUACAAUUUAUCUUCACAUUUGUAUGUUACAGAUCCCCAAAAACUAAGCAGUGUUAUGAACAAUAGUCAACACAAUAGCUACAUGAAAACUGUUAAUAAAAAUCAUCAGCAUGCAUACGUUUGUGAGAAAAGGAGCUAUCUUAAUGAUGAAGGGUCUGAAGCUGCCAGCUCAAGGCGAAUCGACAAUGUGCAGCUUGACGAGAAAGCAUUUUGGGACAGUUUGUGCCGUUCUGCAGAAAGUCAAAGAAGUGCCGCCACCAGUGGAAGAAAGCCUGCAGGCACCUUUACCCCAGGUUGAUUUACCACAGGUUGAUUUACCCCAGGUUGAUUUGCCACAGGUUGAUAUGCCAGACUAUUUGGAGGUUUAUCCCGAAGAACCUCAAGUUGCGUUCAGAGGACUGCAAUCUGACUUCCCAUGUGUUUCUCGCAAUCAGAAAACUGGUCCAGAGCCUGAAUAUGGGAACAUCACCACUGGAUUUAAAUUGUUUGCUGACAAAACUCCAUUUUAUCUCAAAUACAACAAGGGUGUGCUGCCUGAACUGAAUAUCGCGUACGAGACAUGGGGACAUCUUAAUGAGAAACGAGACAAUGCUGUUAUGAUCCAUGCUGGUCUGUCAGCCAGCUCACAUGCAAAGAGUCACAAGCGCAAUUCACAACCAGGUUGGUGGGAGAAGUUUGUGGGUCCAGGUUGUGCUGUGGAUACAAGCAAGUUUUAUGUCAUCUGCACCAACAAUCUUGGAGGUUGCUAUGGGACAUCGGGCCCUUCGUCCGUGAACCCCCUCACCGGCAAGCCAUAUGGAACAAGUUUUCCAAUAGUGUGUGUUGAAGACAUGGUCAGGGCCCAGUUUCUACUGAUGGAUGAUCUUGGGAUUGGAAAGCUUCAUGGUGCUGUUGGGUCAUCACUGGGUGGAAUGUGCUCUCUGAUGUCGGCUAUCUUGUUUCCUGAACGUGUUGGAAGAUUUGUUUCCAUAUCAUCCUGUGCGCAGUCCCACCCCUCGUCGAUUGCGAUGCGAUAUCUGCAGAGGAAAUGCAUCAUGAGUGACCCAAACUGGAACAAGGGACAUUACUAUGGUGGGACGUUUCCAAAGAUUGGAAUGAAACUAGCAAGAGAAAUAGCAACACUUACGUAUCGUAGCGGUCCUGAGUGGGAUGAAAGAUUUGGUCGAGGUCGAAUCAAUGACAAUGAUGCUCCAUCUCUGUGCCCGACAUUUGACAUUGAAAGUUAUCUCGAAUAUCAGGGAGAAAACUUCAGCACCAAGUUUGACCCAAAUUCACUUCUCUACAUCUCAAAGGCGAUGGAUUUAUUUGAUGCUGCCGAGGGAUUCACUUCUCUCGAAGCAGGACUGGCCCGUAUCACCUGCCCAGCCAUGGUUCUUGGUGUACAGACCGACAUUCUCUUCCCCAUCUGGCAGCAGAGAGAACUGGCCAGCAUGCUACAGAAAGCAGGCAAUGAAGCUGUGACAUUCUACGAACUGAAUUCUCUGUACGGCCAUGACACAUUUCUGCUAGAUUUGAAUGGAGUAGGAGCUGCGGUCAAAGGUUUCCUGGAGAGUGACAUGAAGGGGUUUGGCUGGCUCACUAAAGAGCGAGUAACCAAGAAAAGAAAAAAAGACAAGGAGAGGCUGUAUUUCUGAGACAACAGUUGUCUCCCUUGACAUACUUUACCAUCUUAAUUCAUACGAAAUAAUCAGCAAGGAUUAUGUUGAGACUCAAUGGUAAUUAAUAAGAGAUUUGGCAUCAACAAAUAUAAACUUCAUUGAAAAUGAAUAACAACAACAAUGGCAACAAAAAUAUUUGUUGACACCAAAUUAAGACAUCCACUGUUUUUUAACUUUUGUAACUGAAGUAAUGAAUACUGUAGAUCCUGAAAUUAGUACGGUGAGCAGACUAAAAUGUGACAUGAAAUUAAUAUGAGUGACCUCCCUUUGAAAUAUUACUUUUCUAACAACACACCUUUGUGUACCUUUUGGUUAAAUCCAUGUUACAGGCGCAUUCAGUGAGUUCAACUCAUUAACAUGUCUGUGUACACAUCAGUUAACCUGUUUAGUACCAAGUGUUUUGGUGAGACUAACUCAAAGCAUAUUUUUGCAGCAAUCAGUUAUGUUAUCUAAAUCUGGCUAAACAUUAGCAUACAUGUACCAUUACAACUGAAUUAUAUUACUUAUCUGUGAACAACGAUUACAAAAUCAUAAUGAAAUAAUUCACCCAGUGGAAUGCCGACAAAGUUGCAGCGAACUUGAACAGUAAAACAAAAAAAUUGUCAACCUCAGGAUCGAGUCGGCUUUUGACAGGGUGGCCAAAGACCCUGCGAAUGUCACACGUGGCUGGACUAUUGGACAAUUGGUCUUUCUCGCCUACAAUAUAUUGUUUUCCAUUUGUGUUUUAUAAAUAUAUUAGAAUUUUAA